AUGACCCCAAGCCAAGAACAAACUUUUCAGAUGACACAGCUCGUCCGCUCGUACAGCGACGAGGUCGAAAGCAGGCUCCCGUCCUCCCAGCUCGCGACGGUCAUUGCGGCCGAAGCCAGAGUAGAGGACCGAGACUGUCCUCUGUCGUACCCAGGGCACUGGAGAGCCUUUUUCGAGCCGCCCACGUCAGACAGCACAGGCAAUGCACUGACGGAGCUCAUAUCGAUCGAGUCGGCGAGGCUGCGCGAGAAAUGGACCCGAUUCCAAAACAACUGUCCCGCCCAAGACCGCCUCGCGCUCUCCCAGGCCGAACCCACCAUGGACGGCGUGAUCGACACGGUGACGCAGCUCCAAGCCGCGUGGCAAAAGCAGCGGCACGCGGGCGCGGGCCGCACGGGCAAGGCGCGGCGGCUGUUCCACCGCUUCUGCGGCAGCGUCGACAGGCACGGCGACCUGCUCAAGAUGCUGCCCGACGGCAACGAGUACGUGUCGAUCCUGGCGGGGGCGCUCAGCGCCGUGGUCAAGGCCAGCGUCAACCACGAGCGCGUGGCCGAGGGCCUGGCCGACUCGCUCUGCCGCAUCAACGACGCCGUGGCCGACGUCCAGCCCGACCUGGAGCUGUUCGGGACGGACCGGGUGCGCGGGCUCGUCGCCGACCUGUACGCCCACGUCUUCCUGUUCCUGGGCGGCGUCAUGGACUGGAUCGCCGAGACCCGCCGCAGGCGCCUGCUGGAUUCCUUCAGCUCCAGCCUGGCCGACAGGUUCGACGCCGAAGUGGGCAGGGUCGAGGCCCUGGCCGCGAGGAUCGCCCGCCUGGCCGCCCAGGGCGGGCGAGUCGAGGCCCGCGUCGCCAGGGCCACCGUCGAGGCCAUCCGGGCCGACCAGCGCGUCGGCCUCAGGAGCAUCGAGAGGCGCCAGGCCGAGCUGGCCUGCAGGCUCGAGAGGCAGGCCGCGGACGUGCGGGAGCAGCUGGCCGCCAGGGACGGCGCCGACCCCAAGGAGCUGGCGCGGUGCAUCGUGGAGCAGCUGGUGCAGACGGGGCUGGGGUAUCUUGAGCAGAACGGAUGGGGCACCGUGGAGGAGGGCCAGCAGCAGCAGCAGCACCAGCAGCACCAGCACCAGCAGCAGCGGCAGCACCACCACCAGCAGCUACCAAGCCCGCGGCGGUUGGACCCGGCAAAACUACCCAGGGACGUCACGGCCCCUGCCACCACCACCUGCACCCGCGACUCGGUGGCGCUGCACACGGCGGCUUACGAGGACUACUUCGACCGCGCCCGCGUGCGCCUGCCACGCGACCCGUCCAGCCCGCCCGCGACGGCGCAGGCCUCGACGCUGACUGCGCUGGGGGACUGGACGGCGUCGGCGGGGCGCGGUGCGCUGUGGCUGGCGGGGCGGCCGUUCGUCGGGGCGCGAGACCUGCAGAACCCGCUGAGCGGGCUCGCGGCCGCGUUCGUCGACCUCGCCGCCAAGAGCGGCAUCCCCACAGCGUCGUACUUUUGCGAGCUGCGGCGGGGCGGCCGUCCCGAGCACGGCUCCCGCGAGGUGCAGGGCGCGCGGGCGCUGGCGUACGCGCUCAUCCGCCAGAUGGUGGAGCUGCUGCUGGUCGAGUUCGAGACCGCGGCGGAUCUGUCGGCGCGGCGGCUGGCGCGGCUGGACGGGACGACGGAGACGUGGGCCGAGGUCGUGGCGUUGAUGGGCGACCUGCUCGGCCUCAUGCCCCAGACCUUCUUUUGCGUCGUCGACGGGCUGCAGUGGCUGGACGGGUCGGAAAGCGAGCAGUACCUGGCCGAUCUGGUCGGGUUGCUGCACGCGAGAGGUGUCAAGGUGCUUUACACGACUACUGGGCGGUCUGGCGUUUUGCUUAAUUUGUUGGAGGCCGGUGAGGCGGUCGAGGUGCAACUGAGAAGGGGAGAUGUGAGAAUAGCCGAGGAAGACUUGUGGCGGCGAGAUCAAGCAUAG